ACAGUCUAUGGUCAGGACCUCGACAGGUGCCAUUUUAACUAACUAGUAAGACCCAACCCUUACUCGGGAAAAUCUCCCCUCCAAGAUCUGUUUGAGAGGAGAACUUUGACGAAGAAACUACAGGUGAAAGAGCUGGGACCAGAUCAACCGGACAAUCAGACGGCAGGUUAGCGAAAAAUGGAAGCGGCGUAUGCGAGUCUUCUCUCGUAGCUGGUCCACCAGACAGGCAAUAUCAAAAAGAUGCAGAAAAACUACACUUCAAGAAGUGGGUGAAGAGUUAAAUGCCAGCAAGAGUGCAGAGCGUGAGACUGUCCGGCAGGAAGCUGCUUUAACAAAGGACGCAGCAGGAAUAUAAGAAGAUAAGAGAGAAGAUAUAUAGAAGGUAAAAGAGGCUAAAAGCAAGGAAACAAACCAAAGGCAAACAAAACUGGAGACUGAAGGAGAAUAAAGACGAACAAAGGGAAAACAUUGGCAGCAGAACACAGAGAGAGAGAAGAGUAAAAAAAAAAAAAAAACCCACCAUGACACACCGGCUGUUUGAGGGGAAGGAUCAUGCCGCCAUCUACCAAAAGUAUCGCUUCCCGCCUCCAGAUGAGGUCAAGAACAUUAUUCUUCAAUACCUAGAUAAAAAGAAGGGACAGCCACAUGUGCUGGCAGUGGAUGUGGGAUGCGGGACAGGUCAGAAUUCCCGGCUGCUGGCACCACACUUCCAGGAAGUGGUGGGCAUUGACAUCAGUGAGUGUCAACUGGAGGAGGCCAGAGCUGUGCCAGGGUACCCUAACGUCACAUACAGGAAGGGGACAGCAGAGGCGCUUCCUUUUCCAGACAGCUCUGUGGACUUGCUGACAGCAGUGUCAGCAGCCCACUGGUUUGAUCAGUCGAGGUUCCUGGUUGAGGCAAGUCGGGUUUUAAAACCCCGGGGUUGCAUGGCUCUGCUGGGCUUCAGUAACUCUAUCACCAGACUUCACUACCAGGACUGUGGAGAAAGACUCAAGCACAUCUAUGAAGAGGUGAAGCAUGUGCUGUUGCCACACACUAGCAACCAAGUAGCUGUAUCUGAGAGUAAGCUGGCAGAGCUCUACUCAGCCAUCCCUUUUCCAGACAAAGAGAGGAUCGAGUGUAUUCAGGUGAACUUGUCAAUCUCAGUGAGGAACCUGGUGGGUUUCAUUGAGUCCUGGUCCAUGUUCCAAGCUUACAAGAAGAUCGAUCCCCAGGCUGCUAAAGACCUGCUGCUCAACACUCAGAAGAGGUUUCUGGAGGAGAUGGGAGUCACGUCUCCUGACACUGAAAUAGAGAAGGAACUGGAAUAUUUUUGUGUCCUGGCAUCAAAACCACAUUAAUCAACAAUGUGGCACUGAGAGAGAGAGAGAGAUGUUUGUGAGUCUCAGAGAUGUUGCAAUUUACUUGAACUUCAAAACGUUUAAUUCUUGGUGCAUGAAGGAGUUUUCUAAAGGAGGACAUUUCUAAAUACACCUAAUUUUGUCUCAGUAGAACUCUUGUUUUCCCUGUGAUUGUGUAUUGCAAGUGGAUAAGUCAGCUGACCAGACUUACAAUAUAAUCCUUAACACUGCUUUUUGUCAUAGUGAAGGAUGUUUGGACCAGUUUACUGGUAUGUUGACAUAUCUGUCAAUAGAGCAUAUACUAAUGACUUCAUAUGUAACCUCUACUGUAUUUUGCUUGUCUUAAAGUAUGCUUAAUUUUACAGUGAAACGUCAACCUCUCAAAUCGUUUCCCAACAGAACAGUUGAUCCCUUGCAGCCCUAAAUGCACACUGAGAGGUUACAUAACUUGAAAAAAUAAAUUAUUUUGAAAUAUAA